AUUGUCUUCCUCUUUGAACGAAAAAAAAAUCAAAUCUAGGGUUCGUUAAAGCAGCGCAUUCUUCAGGGAAAAUGCCUCGAUAUGAUGAUCGUUAUGGAGGAACCCGCCUCUAUGUUGGUCGCCUUUCUACCAGGACCCGUACUCGUGACUUGGAGCACAUCUUUAGUAGAUAUGGGAGGUUUGUGUUUUUGCCCAACCUGGAGGUUUGUGGUGGGAGGUUGCCCUUGGUGGAAUUGGUCGCUAUUCUUGCUCUGAGAGUGGCCAUUCUUUCUAUAAUGUUAAUGCGUGUUUUUUUGAUGGAAAUGGCAACAAUCCCAAAGUGGUGUUUAGUUCAUCUUUGAGUGGCGAAGUAUCAACCCUUGGUUGUUAUGACUUGAUGGCCUUAUUGUUUCUGGAACCAAUUUACGCAGAGUACGUGAUGUGGAUAUGAAGCGCGAUUAUGCUUUUGUGGUACGCAAUUCUUCUCUUUGCAACUUAAGAUUGUGAUUUAUCAGAUGUGACUAAAGCUGUCAUCUGUAUCAUGCUAUGCUAACCAUGAUAUGAGUUUUUUCCUACCUCUUUUGUUGAAUUGGAAAAUACAGGAAUUUAGUGAUCCUCGAGAUGCAGAUGAUGCCAGGUAUAGCUUAAAUGGACGGGAUGUUGAUGGGAGCCGCAUUAUAGUGGAGGUUGCCAAGGGGGUACCUCGAGGACCUGGUGGAUCUCGUGAAUCUCGUGAAUUUCUAGGCCGAGGUCCUCCUCCAGGAACAGGGCGUUGUUUCAAUUGUGGACUUGAUGGCCAUUGGGCUCGGGAUUGCAAGGCUGGAGACUGGAAGAACAAAUGCUAUCGUUGUGGGGAGCGAGGACAUAUAGAAAGGAAUUGUCCAAACAGCCCUAAGAAGCAGCUCAGUGGACGUGGACGCAGUUACUCUCGCUCACCAUCUCCCCGCCGUGGAAGGAACCGAAGCCGUAGUUACAGCAAGGGCCGUAGUUACAGCCGAUCCAGAUCACCUGUGAAUAGGGAGAGAAGUGUUGAGCGUGAGGAAAGAAGGUCCAGGAGCCCAAGGCAUAACAAGUCAUCUCCAUCUUCACCAAAGGGACGAAAGCGUAGCCCCACACCUGAUGAAAGAAGCCCCCAAGAGAGAGGAACACCAUCCCCAAGGGACAACAGGCCAGUCAAUGGCGGUUCAGAGUAUGACAGGAGCCCCAAAGAGGAAACCGAAAGGGAUGACCCAAGAUACGAUGAUGAGAAGAACAUCAGUCCUCAGGAAGAAAACGAUCGCAGUCGCAGCAAUAGCCCUAUCCCUAGGGAUAAUGGAAGCCCCAUAGAUGACGAUGACAAGAACGGUUCUCCAAGGGCCAGCAUGUCACCUUAAUUCACCCAGUUUUAUUUUUCAUGUUGCAGAUAUGUAUAAGUUGAAGGUGUUUGAACCAAUAACAUUUUGUUUUGUUUUGUUUUUUUUUUUUUCCAGGACUGUUAAAACAAAUUCAUCUUUUUUAAUUGUAGGAAACGUGAAAUAAUUUGCUGUAAUUUGAAUUUGGAGUUCCUUUGAGCAAUAACAUUAAGGGUGUGUUUGGUUGA